AUGGUAAAUUUAUCUUUCUUUUAUCUAAGUCUGGUAUGUAUGGUUAAAAGCAUUUCGGAAAUUGCUGAAUUGUAUAUGACAUCAUGCCACAAACAUAAUACAAAGCCACUACAAUGUAUACUGGACCACUUGAAGGCGGUAGAUCUAACAAAACAGUUGAGACAACCCUUGCUUUCUCUCAAGUCAAUACAAUUGGCGCCAAGUGAUUGCGAGGCAUUGGAGGAAGUCCUCAAAAGGGUGCAGUACAAAUCAAUAGACAUUUCCGAUUGCAAGCUCAACGAAACGGCUGCUAGCGCACUUUUUGAAAUUAUUGAAUACUAUGAGGCUACAAACGAACUAGAUAUAUCAUCGAAUGCCACCGGGAUGACGCACAGAGGAUGGCUUUCUUGCACCUACAUGAUUAGUCACAGCCAGGAACUGCAGGUGCUGAAUGCUGAGGGCAAUCCCAUUACAAAGAUUAGUGCUGAUCACUUGGGAAGUGCGCUCAACACAUCCAAUUUGCAUACAUUAAAAUUGGAACGUUGCGGCCUCAAGGGAGCACCGCUGAGCAGUUUGUGCUUCAAACUUUUGCAUAAUAAAACUUUAAAGGAACUGUGGAUAGCAUACAAUGAUUUGGACUGCAAUGAUGCCGAUACCAUAGCUGAGAUGUUGAAAGUCAAUCAUUACUUGGAAUUAAUUGACAUAAGCAACAACAAUAUUGGCGACAAUGGUUUGCGCCACAUUGUCCAGUCGCUAAUAAUGCAGUCAAAAGAAUUGGAAAGACGAACGACGUUUCAGCGCGCCGCGGCCAUUGACGACGACGAAAGCAUGUCACCGUUUGAGACUUCUGCGCCAGUUGACCUAUGCGAUGGUAAAGAAAUGGGCGAUUGGAACACCACAGACGAGAACCAUUCGGCUAUUAAAACCGAUUGCGACGUGGACGUUGAAGCGAAAUUUAAACAUCCCUUGAGUAAAAUAGAUGAAAAGCCCAGGGUGAUUGGUUGUGGGGAACCAAGUGAGGCGGGGGUAAAGCUUGACGUUGAACCCAGAUCCGUGGUGUCAACUUUUAAGCCGCCUUUGAUAUCAACUGUUGGUUCGACCAUUGAAGAAAUCGACCCGGACGAGGAUACGGAUGACACUGUGCGUUCGAGUACUCUAAAGGGUAAUUCACAAACGUCAGGUGGAGGACAGUCCAUGCUAGACAAAUUACUAUCAAUGAAUAGCGAAAGCAGUAGUGAAGAUGGUGUUUCCAACAUCUCCACCGAUACCUUAGCAGCGUGCUGUUCCGAAGACGCCAGUUUAAUAAGUGACGAUGUAUUUGAUGUCGCUGCUACAGUCACAGCACCAAAAACAAUGACAACAUCCGACACAUUCGUAAAGUGUCCGAACGACACGGAUUCCGAGAUAAGUGAGGGAACAACGGAGAUUUCGAGCCUCAUCUCUAAUCCUUCUGCAGCCAGAGUGGCUCUGGAACCAUCAGUAAGCAAAGCAGAUGUCGACAAACGAGAUCUCAUUACACCAUCAACAAACAAUUCAAGUUCGGCGCUGAUUGAACCAGCCGCUAUUCCCAUUUGUAAUGUUACAUUAGAAGCUCCGACAUCAAUUCAGACCCCUCUUGUAAAUAACUAUGUUAGCAUUAAUAACAACAAUGAUGUCAGCAAUGACAACAACAAUGUAAAUGCAACUUCGGUACCUGUACAAAAUACAUCGUCCACGAUUUUUUCUGGCAGCAUUGUUGAUAAGACUGCCGUUGCAACUAAUGUGGACAUCUACGAAGUGAAGGCGGAGGAACGAAACUGCCAGCAAAGUGAUGCUGACACAGGCGGCCGCAUGCUGAGUGGCGAGGCUCAGACGGCCUCUGACCCCACCAACUCAAUGCAACAUCAUGCUGCUAGCAAGGCUCUAGAUGUGAAUAAAAAUACCAAGCUGGGAGAAGACUUCGAUGACACCCACAGUACAGAUUCAGCAUUCGAAAGUGCCUCAGAAGGUGAUAUUAGUCGUCAUCUGCCAGAAGAAUUCACCCGCCUGUCAGCAUCCCUAGAAAGCACUCGUCUAGAUGAUCUGGCCAAAGAAUUUUCCAUAGAGACCGCAACAAUUGCUUCAGAGUCUAAUGAAUGUUUGAUCGCAGUGGCAGCCAGUGUGACACCGUCCUCUACUCCAACACCGCAGAAGAAACCGUUUAGUCAGAUAUCAACGCCCGUUUCGGAGAGGGAGCGUUCAGUAACGGAAGCAUCUAAGUCUCAGACAUGUCUUUCUAACUCGCUGCCGGCCACCGAAACUGUCCUUCCUCCUACGAUUCAAGUGGGAUUUGGAGUUCUUGGCGAAGCCAUGGAAUCGCCAAUAGGGCCAGUUCAUGAAUUUCGGGACAAAAUACCCAAAGUGACUAUUGCCCAGGAUAGUAUAUCACAGAAAAGUAAAGCCGUUAGCAUAAUAAGUACAAGUCCCAGUCAAACACCUCCGCCACCGUCGACAUCUCCCGGCGGAGUCAGUAGCGGUUUGAGACGCACCGAAUCCACUUGCGCCUUCUUAACACAAUCCACACGAAAUCGUUCCCAGAGCACUGACAGCCUGUGUAGCGAUAAUUCUUUAGAUGGCAGUAUUGGCAGUGGUGAUUUAAACUUCUCAUCGUCCGCACAACUAAACGAGAAACUUACGAAGAACGACACUCUAACAAGACAACAGCGACAGCUUGAGUCGUCCGGAGAGACAAGCGCUAGGUCGCCAGGUGGACUCAAGGCUCUUGCCUUGUGGAACAACAAUCUAACGAAGGAGGCGGGUUCUUCCAUUUCUGAUCUGCUGGCGGAAACGGUGUCACUAGAAUUGCUCAACAUAGGAAAGAAUUGUCUAACGAAUGAAUUCGUUUCCACAAUAAAGGACAGCCUGACUAAAAACACCACAUUGACCACCUUGGGCCUGCAAAGUGCAGAGCUGAGCGACAAGGGCAUUGAAACACUAACAUCGAUAAUGACAUUCGGAGGCAAUUGCACGCUGCAGCGGAUUGACAUUCGCGGCAACAAGGUAGAGGUGGACAGUCUGACGAAAAUAGCGGAAGUUUUGAAAUCGAACACGUCCGUAACGCAAAUUGAUAUCGACGACGAGCCGAAACGGCUUUCCGUGGGCAGUGAGGCCCAUUUGGACUAUGCGCGAGUGUUGGAGAACGUUCGUUCAAUGUGUGCGCGCAACGAAAAGACUCAACAACAGGAGAAGCCCUCAAUAAACACAAUGAGCAAACGAAAGGGUGGUUACUACUUGGGUUCGAGAAAAAUUUCUCUAACUUGCCAUAGCAGGCCCGUGGUCGACACCACAAGUCCAGUUGUCGUAACAUGUUCAGGGACCGCAAACAGCAAGUUAGACGUGAAACGUAAGCAAGGCACACGCCUACGGUCACCGGCUCCCAGUCCAACAACGAUAUCACCAUCUUCGUCCCCAAAUCGUACUAGCAGAUUUCAGGUAUUCCGAGUGUCUGAGGUUAGCCCUUUAACAUCACCCAGCACACAGAAACAAGUGGCAGGGGGGCUUGCUGCUACUAAAGCCAUGUCGAGCAGUAGCGUAUUCAUACAGUCUGUGCCCUCGGAUGUCGGCCCGAACGAUCCGAGUUAUCCAAAUUUGACGUCAACAUCGCUGCCAACUUCCUGUUCCUUGCCAUCUAUGGCAACGAUUUCGUCAUCGACUCAGUCCAUAAAACGAUUGUCGGUUUCACCUCGUUCGCGUUUUUUAGUACACAAAGUCUACGAGGACCCCAGCGUGCCACUGUCUAGUCGCACAAUACCCCCGAUAACUCCUCCCAUAAACCCCCCACCAACACCCAUGUCGAAGAGCUCCAAAGAAGCAGCAGCACAGCAAAUCAAUGAGGCUACCCCGCCUGCGAAGGCAGACAAGGGUGAUAACUACUUGCAGCUACUUCAAGCCAGGAGCUCCGCACAGUCUCCCUCCAUUACUUGCCCCGAAUCAUCCCCUAUUUCUUCGACGUCUCUAAGGCGUCGAGAGCAACAAGAAAGCAAUACAACCACCGAUUCUUGCGCAACACCUAUUCUGAAUGCCAGAGAACUUGGUCGAGCAACACAACAAAGUGAACAAAGUACAAAUACACCAAAAUCAUUAAUAACAAAUUCAACCAAUGCUGCAACGGCUCCAACGGCUGGUAGCCAGAGUGCAGUAAUUCAACAGUCCCCAUCUAAUUUAUCAACUCUUUCGACUCUAUCAUCGUCAUCGUCCUCAUCUACAUCGGACUCUUCAUCGUCUUCGGCGACCUCAUCAUCUACCUCAUCGUCGUCAUCCACCUCACCCGCCAGCAAUGUCGACAGUUCUGACUCCUCGUCGUCGGUGCAGUCGACUGAACAUGCGGACACACAGGAUUUAACCAUUUCGGGGCAAUGUCCCAUAGCAGUGUUUGGCGACAAUGAUAUAACACUUACCAAGAACACUGUCAACGAAGCUCUUGUAACGGCAGCUGUGGCUGAUGCUAGAGAUAGUACAAACAGUGCCACAGCGGCGGACGACGUCGUAGCCUCACCGGCAGCACCUCAACAGCGUAACCGCAAAGCUUCAUGGAUUGCAAAUCCAACAGCAGUUGAUAAACUAUUGACACUAUUCCAUAAUCCAUUUCAGCGUAGCUCAUCUCCGGAAUCUAAAGGCGUCACAAGUACAUCAGCGAUAUCUACAACAGAACCGACACAAUUCAGUCAAGCGCCUUUGGAACAAUGCACUUUGGAUCAGCAACUUUCGGCUACUUCAAAAACGCUUUUGCCUUUAAGAAAACAGUCACCUCCAUCAUGGUCCAAACUGGGCACAGACAUGUUUAUUGCUGCCAAUAGCAAUAACGCAGAUUUGGCAAAUACUGUGGCAACCACUGCUGCUGCCGUCGUUACAGAACAAUCAAGGUCAUUUUUGGAUGCAGCCUCAAAACAAUUUCGCGUGUUUCGUCAAAAUUUAUCAUUUGGCAACGAGUCAGUCACCACGGCAUCGACGACGACAAUAACCUCAUCUACCGUUAACAAUCCCAAUAGUGGAGAAGCAGAAAUGAUGACCGGUAUGUUGCACAGCAACAGUGGUGCUGCCGCAGGUGUCGUUGGUGGCAUCACCAGUUCUUGUUGUAUAGCUCCAUCAUCCUCCGCAGUCGAAUGCAAUGUCGACACUUUACCCACCGAUGUAAAACAAGAAAUUAAAGAAAACAUUUCCCCCGAACACACAAUUAACGAGGAGACAUUACGAACCAUACAGAAAAUGGCGGGCAACGCAACGCCACCAACUGCAUCAGUAACGACACCAGCCGAGUGUAAUUACGACGUUGAAGAUUUUGUUACGAAGGACACACAAACUGGACAUGAACAGAAAUGAAUCAAAAUAUUACAUGGAUCUAAUUAUUCGCACAAUAUGGAAUCAGCAGCAGCAGCAGCAGCCACAGUAGCCACUUCAACUUUUAAAACUAUUCUGGAAUUUUUUUAUACCUAUUAAGUUCACCAAAAUGCUUACACUUUAAUUUACAAACACACUCAUUCUACACACACACACACACACACACUCAGCAAUUGGUUUUUCUAAAAAUUAAUAAGUUUAUACACCGUUCGUUACAUACACACAAUUCGUCAUAAUUUUUUUAUUAAGUGAUUAUUUUCGCCUCGUUUUUCUUUUUAUAAAGUUAUUGUGUUUGCUUAUAUUUUGAGCCUUGAUCCACCUACACACACACACACAAUUACAAAUUAUUAUCACUAUCUUCUUGUAGCCAGCCAACACACAUUAGUUUAAGCGUUUUUUUUUUUUUUUUUGUAUUACUAUCAAUAUAAAUAUUAUGAUACGAUUAUGAUGGACCCACAUUUAAAGGUAAUCUUAAAUAUAUGAGAUCUUUUACAUUUCUUUGUACUAUUGCAGUCAGCGACCGCAGGCUCAGUGUAUGUGCAUAUUUGGCCAAGUGGAUAAAGCGACCGAUGCAGGAUCGAAGAAACAACUGAAACCCGCAUGAAAGUGUACGUUAAGUACAGCAUAUGUACAUGCAGCGCGGAUCGUUGUAUAACCAUUAUAUGUUUGUCCUUUCCAUCUCUUCGUGGAUGCAUAUUUUAUUUUGAGUCUGAAACAAGGACGGUCUGUAUCUUUGUGGUCAUUUUCUAGCAAAAUGGUGUUAGAUAUAUGUAUAUUUUUUUAAAGACGUCAUCUCUCAGCACAUUUAUGUGUAUAAUCCAUUAUUAUUAUUAUUCUUAUAAAAAAUAAAUUCCAUAGACGUUUUGCAAACUAAAAUCUGAGAAACGGCGUCGAAUAUGACUGUAAUGAAAAAUUUGGAAAUUAUCGCCCGUUCUUCAUUUGACGGAGAGAAAUGAAAAGAAAACAAACUGGUACCGAAGAGUAAGAUCGCCGUUGCACAAUGCAAAAGUCACAUGCCCAUUCUAUAGGAAUGGCAGCAGCAACAACAACAAUAUUAACUCCUAUUACGGCAAGGAAAGCACAACCACCAGCCCCCCAUCCCCAUUGAUCUCAAUGUAUGUGAUAAUGUCGCAACACUAAGAGAGUUGCGUCGCUUACUAAUACUAAUACAGUUUAUUAUAGUUAGUCAAACUAAAUAACAACAAAAACAAACAAUACAUGUAUAUUUAUGAAUACAUAAUGAAGAACAAUUGUUAAUAGUAAAUAUAUGCGAUUAUAUAUUAAUUAUUAAUUAUUGUUUACUAAUUAAAUAAUUAAUUAUUGUUAUAUUUUAUAGUUUUAUAUAAUCUGUCCAGCACACUACACUUCCCCCAAUUUUGAGUUUAUUUGAAAUUGUUUUUAUUUUAGUGGCAAAUGCUACCUCCUCCUCCGGAAUGGAAUGUUGUUGUGCAUCUCGAACACCGGUUACUUGUGCAGCGGUUGGAACAAUCUUCGCGUAGCAAACUUACUUAACAAUUUAUAAAAAUAACAAUCCAAAGAGAAAUUUACAAAUUUAUAUAACUAUUACAAAAAUAUAUUGUACCUACAUGCAUACAGAAUGUAAAUCGACCUACUACAAGUCACAGCAAUUAGUAGCUAAGUAAAUGUCUAAACUGAUAUUUACAAUCAUCCUGCAAACCCCGUAAAAAUUGAGUAAAAUUAGUUGAAUAGAAACCAAUAAAGGAACACAAAAUGAUAUAAAUUAA